CGACGUUCUCGUUGGACACCAUUACGUUGGGUGCCGGAUGUAGAUUGGUCGUUCGAUGCUGCACGGUAGGGGCGGAGCCUAGCAACACCUGAUCCCCACCGAGUUGAGUCUAUAUGUCGGAUUUACUCCUCAGCUAGUAAACGUUAGAGUUACGUUGUCAGUUCGAUAUCGAUGUCGGGCAAAACGCGUUCGUCGGACAUCAGCAACAACGUCCUUUUAUUUCAUCCGUGUCGCGGUUAUUGUGCCGCUAAGUGUCAAGUGAGAAAUACAUUAAUACAUUAAUGUACUUCUACAUUUUUCUGGUGACUCAAAUUACUUGUGUUAAAAAAGACGGACGUUCGUGUUGUGCAUAAGCUAAGUGUUUCCAAUAUCCACAACUGACAUGCCAUCGUUUCGUGACGACAUCAUCUCUGGAGAACCCUCGAAUGCCGUAUCGAACCUCAGUAACAUCGCCAAUAUGGUGCCGCAUUAUAAUCAGGCGAGCCUCGCGUAUCGCCAGCAGCAGCAGCAGCAGCAGCAACAGGUCGCUGAUAACCAACAGCAACAUCAACUGAUAAUGCAGCAGACGCACCAGCAAACGCCAACGCAACAGGUCCAACCACACACUGCGGUUGCGGUUGCGGCUUCCACCGCCAUCGAAGGGACUCAAUACUGGUACGGAUAUCCAUCCAGGGCAAUACCCGCGACGCCGGCCUUGCAUUCUCAGCAUCAGCCAAGUCCGAUCGCUCCGCAAUUUUUUAAUCACCCGGAAAUGCUGCCCGGGUGGCAUUACACAACUCAGUAUUCACCGUAUCUACAGUAUCAGCCGCAACACCUACAUUUUCAAACGCAAUCCCAAUUACAGCAGCAACAAACGCAAGAAUUGGAAACACACUCUCCAUCCGAACAACGCGUUCAGCAACACGUGCCGCAACAACACAUACACCAGAAUUCAUCGCCGGAACAACUCUACCAGCAACACUCAUCCCCGCAGCAACAUCUCCAACAUAGUUCGCCACCUCAACUCUGUCAACAGCAUACGUCGCCUCAUCAACACCUUCAGCAAAAUUCGCCACCCCAUCAACUCUGUCAGCAACAUAGUCAACAGUUGACGACUUCGCCGCCGCACUUGCAGCAAGAUUCUCCGCCACAGCAACACACGCAACAAUCAAAUUCAUUGCCACAACAGCGCAUUCAGCAACGUCCAUUGCCGAAGCAGCACUUGCAAGAAAGUUCGCCGACCCAGUUUUUCCAACAAAAUUCACCACCGGAAUACCUUCAGACACAGGUACCAUCGAGAGAACAGGAAUAUGAAAUUUACAGACGACGGAUGUUGAAAUGGGGCAUCAGAAAUAUGAAUAUCGAUAUGGCGAUUCGCAAUCAAUAUUCGUCAACGAGCACCAGAAUGAACGGCAACGUAGACGGCAAUAUGAACGGCAGUAUGAACGGCAGCCUGAAUGGUAGUAUAAAUGAUAGCAAUCACAGCAAUAACAGUACUUCUCCUACAACACCGCCUAAUAAUUUUCAUAUUGUAUACGAUGACUUGCCCUGCACAUCUCGCAACAUGAACCUAUCGUCCACAUCUGACAACAUGAACCUGCUGCCUACAGAGAUGAACCUGCCGUCUACAUCGAGGGAUAUGCCAUCAACAUCCAGAGAUAUGCCGGCCACUUCAAGACGUCAACAACUAUAUACAUCACACAGAGUUCAAGGGAGGAGAAGUCCAUACGAAUGGAUGAAAAGGCCAUCGUAUCAAAAUCAACCUAAGCCAGGAAAGACUCGCACAAAAGACAAAUACCGAGUGGUCUAUACGGACUAUCAAAGACUAGAAUUGGAAAAAGAAUUUCAUAUGAAUCACUAUACCACGAUCAAACGUAAAGCAGAUCUGGCUGCUCAGCUUGGUCUCACGGAACGUCAGAUAAAGAUCUGGUUUCAAAAUCGACGGGCGAAGGAGCGAAAGCUGAAAAAGCAGCAGGAGCAAAUAAGAGAGCGGCAGAUGCGAGCGCAAGAGGCCGCGGUGGCGGCCGCGGCGGCUGGUUCCACGGUGGAGGCGGUGGCUGGAGGAAUGAUGGGCUAUGCCUCCGCCGGAGCGGAGAUGGGUGGGAUGCUGGGCGGUCUGAUGCAGACCAACGAGAACACCUCCUCCGCACCUCUCCCGGCACCGUCGACGUCGUCGUCGCUGCCUACAUCGACGUCUCUGCCUACGUUGCCGACGACUCUCCCUACGUCUAUGCCCGCGUCGCAACCUACAUCGCAGCCCGCGUCGCUGCCCACGACCCUGCCUAUGCAAUAUCCGGGUCAUUCCAAUCCGAUGUGA